UUGUCGCUCCCGCCCGCUUCGUUGUCGCGGCUGUCUGCCUGUCAGUGGCUUCUCUGACUCCUGGCUGUGCUUUGGCAGGUUGCUCAGAGGUGAGGAAAAGCCGCUUGGAUCUCGCUACUUCCAAGCCCUGCCUGCGGUGGGGGCACAACCGCGGCUCGGAAGAGCUUACUUUAUAGCCCGACUGAUGCUUGCGAUCGCUGUCAAUUCCCAGGAAUUUCCUUUGAGCACCACGAGCGCCGCUGGGAUGCAUUUGGAGAUGCGAUGACUCUUGCCUUUCUCUCCCAUGUCUUCUCGUUUUGUCGUUGAAUUGGUACAGAAGAAACUCUUUCGGAGACCAUGACUGAAGAAAAGAAUCUUGGUGUGUCUCAGAAAGUCUUGUCGCCUUCAAGAAGUACCAGUAGCUGCUCCUCUAAGCAGGGGAGUAGGCAGGACAGCUGGGAAAUUGUAGAAGGACUGCGGGGAGCCAUGAAUUACACGCAGGAACCACAGAAACAGGAAGGCUACCUGCUGAAAAAGAGGAAAUGGCCUCUGAAAGGUUGGCACAAGAGAUGCUUCUUUCUGGAUAAAGGGAUUUUGAAGUAUGCAAAGAGCCCAGCUGACAUAACACGAGGGAAGCUGCAUGGGUGUAUAGACGUUGGGCUUUCUGUGAUGUCCGUGAAGAAGUCAACAAAAUGUAUAGACUUGGAUACAGAAGAACACAUUUAUCAUUUAAAGGCAAAAUCUCAGGAAGUCUUUGAUGAAUGGGUAGCAAAGCUGCGCCAUCAUAGAAUGUAUCGUCAAAAUGAAAUUUCCAUGUUUCCGCAUGACAUCAACAACCAUUUCUUUCCAGCAUCAGCUUCUGUUACAGACUCCGUAACUGGCUUUCUGGAAUCCACGGCAAGCAGAAAGCGAGGCAGCAUGACUCAGCAGAAUUCAUUGCAGACUGGAAGUAGUUUGUCAUUCUCCUGCUCAAACAAUGACUCAAGGAUCCCACCUUGGCUGCAGUCUUCGGAGGAUAUGGAAAGAUGUUCAAAAGACCUCUCCCAGUGUCAUAACUAUCUGUUGGAAAUGAGCCAGCUUCUGCAAAGCAUGGAAGUUCUCCACAGGACAUACUCAGCACCUGCCAUAAAUGUCAUGCAGGGCAUCCCCUUUGAAAGUCCUAAAAAGGAAAAAAGAACACACAGGAGGUGGCGUUCCCGAGGUCUUAGUAAAGAUGCGAAAGGAAUGUUGCAGCCUAGCAAUCCCACCACCCCUUACCUUUUCCUUCCCCAUACCUCCAAUCCUCUGAAUUCAGCAAAGCAUUUAAUGAGGAGCUGGAGCACAACCUUUCAGGUACCAACUGUUCUUUCUGCUCCAUUGAGACUGCACGCUUCCAACCCCAAUUUAUCAACAUUAGAUUUUGGCGAAGAGAAAAUCUACUCUAAUGGUUCCGAAACAACGUCAGAAUUCUCUAAAAUGCAAGAGGACUUGUGUCACAUAGCACACAAAGUGUACUUCACCUUAAAGUCGGCUUUCAGUACGAUCUCGACGGAGAGAGAGAAGCUGCAGCAGAUGUUUGAACAUGAUUCAGCCUCAUCUCCAUCUGCGCAAAUAGCUGGACUGAAGAACGCCUUAUCAUCUGCCAUAGCACAAAAUACAGAUCUUAAAGACCGGUUACGCAGAAUACAUGCCGAAUCUGUGCUUCUUGAUUCAGCAGCUAAUGCAAAAUCCAGCCCUGAUUUGGCAAAGGAAAACUCGGAUGAUGAGAACAGGGGUCUAGUUCACCAGCUUUCCAACGAAAGUCGGCUGUCUAUAACGGAUUCGCUCACCGAGUUUUUUGAUGCUCAGGAAGUCUUGCUGUCUGCCAGCUCUUCAGAAAACGAGGUAUCUGAUGAUGAUUCAUAUGCCAGUGAUGUGAGUGAUAACAUCUCCGAAGACAACCUAAGUAACGACAUAGAGAAUGAAAGGCAAACCCUCGACAGUGUUCCCGACGGCAGCUUGGAAUGCCAUUCCAAGCGGAGGACGUGUCUGCCGGCUCCGUGUCCCAACACUAGUAACAUCAGCCUCUGGAACAUUUUGCGGAACAACAUCGGGAAAGACCUCUCCAAGGUGGCCAUGCCAGUGGAGCUGAACGAACCGCUGAACACUUUGCAGCGCCUCUGUGAGGAACUGGAGUACAGCGAGUUGUUGGAUAAAGCGGCACGUACGCCCAACCUGUUUGAGAGGAUGGUAUAUGUGGCUGCUUUUGCCGUAUCUGCUUAUGCAUCCAGUUACUACAGAGCUGGAAGUAAGCCAUUUAAUCCUGUGCUUGGAGAAACCUACGAAUGUAUCCGAGAAGAUAAAGGCUUUCAGUUUUUUGCUGAACAGGUCAGUCAUCACCCACCUAUAUCUGCAUGUCAUGCUGAAUCUGAUAACUUUGUGUUUUGGCAAGAUAUCAGAUGGAAAAACAAAUUCUGGGGGAAAUCCAUGGAAAUUGUGCCAGUUGGUACAACACAUGUAAUUUUGCCAGCCUAUAAGGACCAUUAUGAAUGGAAUAAGGUGACAUCUUGCAUUCAUAAUAUAUUAAGUGGACAGCGGUGGAUAGAACACUAUGGGGAGAUCAUAAUCAAGAAUCUGAAUGACCACAGCUGUCUCUGCAAACUUACUUUUGUAAAGACAAAAUACUGGAAUCACAAUGUACAUGAGAUUGAAGGAAAUGUUUUGGACAAAAAUGGGAAAGUAGUACAUCGUAUUUUUGGGAAAUGGCAUGAGAAUAUAUACUGCGGAACACCAUCUUCGCCAAAAUGCAUCUGGAGAGCAAAUCCAAUGCCAAAAGAUUAUGAACAGUGGUAUGGUUUCACACAGUUUGCAUUAGAAUUAAAUGAAUUGGACCCGCUCACUAGGCCUCUCUUACCAUCUACUGAUACCCGAUUUAGACCAGACCAAAGGCUCCUAGAAGAAGGGAAUAUUGAAGGAGCAGAAACACAAAAACAAAGGAUUGAGCAGCUACAGAGAGAGCGGCGGAAAGUUCUAGAAGAAAACAAUAUGGAGCAUCAGCCUAGAUUUUUCAGGAAAUCGGAAGAUGAAUCCUGGGUCAGCAAUGGAACUUAUCUAGAACUUAGAAAAAACCCUGGCUUUUCCAAGCUGGAUAAUGCUGUCUUAUGGUGAAAAAACAAAAACAAACGAAAAGGACAUUGUAGCUGCUGUUUCUCUGAUUAUAAGAAUGGAAAUGCUGCAUAUCACCAUAACCUUCUAGACUCCUGCUUAAUUUAGAUUUUUGACGAGCACAUUUACGUUAUUCUGUUUGUCUUUUGCUAUUUUGAUAGUAACCAUGAUUUAUUUGAAUGUACAAAAAAACUCUAAUUUUCUUUACAUAUAUAUUUAAUAAAUGAUUGUUGAAUGUUA